CUAGCUGCGGUACUAUUAACGCAAUUCAUUAAGAAACAUUGGCAUGAAGGCGAGGAUUCGCUUGAGCCUCCUGUUGUCGCAACUGAAGGGAAGCAAGUUACACAGAGACUACGUUUACCUUCGUUGGAUGAUUCUCACCGGAAAAUUUGUACCGCAAUUAGUAUGGCUACUGCUUCGAUUUCUGAUGACUAGCCUGAGAAUUGGCCUGAUUUAGUGCCGUUUCUUUUGAAGUUGAUUAACGAUCAAACUCAUAUGAGUGGAGUGGAUGGAGCUCUAAGGUGUUCGGCCCUUCUCUCUGGGGAUCUAGAUGAUACUGUGGUGCCAACACUAGUACCGGUUUUGUUCCCAUGCUUGCAUACAAUUGUAUCGUCACCUCAGGCUUCUCAGCCCUGAUCUGGAAAGCUCUGGGUCUGUUUUUGUUGGGAGUUACAUUUUACAGCUUAUUUUACACCUGCCAUUGCAAAUGGCAACGCAUAUCCGAGACCUGGUUGCUGCUCUUGUUCAACGAAUGCAAUCGGCUCAAAUAGUGGGGUUGAAAAGCUCAUUGCUGCUUAUUUUUGCUAGAUUGGUCCAUAUGAACGCUUCUCAUGUUGAACAAUUCUUUGAUGCGCUGAUAGGUAUACCAGCUGAAGGCUAUGAAAACUCCUUUGUUUAUGUGAUGUCAGAAUGGACUAAACAGCAAGGUAAGUAUGCUUCCUAGUUUCUUUUGUUUCAAUUUACAAAUGUGUUAGGGGUGAUGAUAUCUCCUGGCCACAGCUGUUCAAUUCCUUGAUUCUUUCGUCUCUGUCAUUGUUUGUUAGUGACAACUUUUGUGCUGUUUUAAUCACUUUCUGUUUGAAAUUUUGCCCGUGCAGUACAUGCCCUGGCUAGAUUAUAAUGUUGAAUUUGAUUUGAUAAAUUGAUGGAAUCUUGACUUUUUAGCAGGAUUCAUCGGGUUUAAUUACCAAAUUUCAUAUCGACUAAUAUAGAGAGUACUGAUCCUGAUUGUUUGAAUCUCAAACCAGUAACAUAAGUCCAUUUAAGUUAUUUGUCUGAAUCUCAUCUUUUCCCAAAUUCCACAGUUAAAGGAAAAUCAAGUGCUUGGUGCCAUGAGCUAUUAAUUUCCGUGUUCGUAAGACACUGUUAAAUAUUAUUAUUAUCCAGAAGAAAAAAAGAAAUUGCAGAUUCCUCAUUUCAUAAAACACUCGUUAAGUAUUCUUAUGAUUAAGAAGAAAAACGAAAUUGUAGGAUCCUCAUUUCUU